UUCAUUUUGAUCAAGCACACGUGUGUAGCCGCGACAUUGUUUUCUUCUUUCGUUUUGAUCGAUCACACGUUUGUAGCCGGGACAUUCUAAUGAUACUAACAACUUAAUGAUAAUAAUAAUAAUGACUUAAUAAUGAAACCAAAGAACACUUUGCACUUAAUGGAUGUAAUCAACAACAUCACUAGGUAAAGUAAUAAUAUACAUGUAGAUACAGAUACAGAUACGGAUGGCAGAAUCAGUUGAGGGGUUCAAUGUCACAUUGAAAGGAGUGGAUCAUACAGAAGGAUUGGUUACAACUCAACAACGGCUUGACAAUGUACUUGAAGCACAUCGGCUGCAGACCGGUACACAGUUUGUAUCAUGGCAUGAUGACAAAGCAAGGAAGCCAGAAGCUGUUGGUCGCCUGCUGUGGACCCACAAAGGUUUAUCCAUUACUGGUCCUGCAUUUGCCUUAGGAAGGCAUGUUAUCAGACAGUGCCAGUAUGGAAAAGGGCAUAAAAGGGCCAAGACACAGAAACAACAGGUGCAGCAUUCUGUGGAACAGUGGAUUGAGAGAGGUUUUUAUGAGGACAUUGGAACUUGUAUAUUUACGAAAUGGGGAUCAAUCAAAGGAGCAUGUAAGGAACUUCAAGACCGGAUGACACAAAGCCCUUAUGAAGCUGACAGUUACAUUAAAACUGUACUUGGAAAAGAAUGCCUGGCAGUGACAGUUGAAAUGGUGAAGAAGAUGCCAUAUUUGAAUGCAGACGAGGAUUGCAGUCAAACAUCUGCCACCACAAUGAGGAAAGUUUUCCAAAAAAAAAUUGGAAAGAAGUCACGUAACGAACCAAAAUCCCACAAGGUGAUAUAUCUUCAGACAGGCUAAAGAAAACCUGAAUUGGGGCCACGAAGGUGUGCCGAUGAAGAUGUUUAUCUAUUAGUCUACCAGUUGGCUCACAGCGCUUUCGACUUAAAUUAUCACACAGUCUUCUGUUUUUGGAAUGUUCCCCAUACUAUACAACUGAUCCCACUGUCUGUGAUAUAUAUUUGACUAAGAUCUGAAGACAUCACCAACAAUGCCGCCCCAGACUAGCCUUCAAUUCUUCAGGAAGCGACAGACCGUCGACAUACUGUUACUGGAACGUCCACAGAGUCUGUCCGCUUUCUACCAUGCCGUGGAAACUGCAUUGAAGGACAUUGAAAUCCAGCUAAUAGAGGUUCAAGCGUCCUUUUACGGCCGCACGCGUACUAUUGAGGACGAGAUCCAACAAUGGAUGCCUGCUCUGGAACACACUAUGCAGUUCGCUAAGGUGGCGGACCUGAUCUGUAAGGAUAAUCUACAAAAUCUUUUUGACCUGUACGAACGGUCAAUGGGAGAUCCCACUAUGGAGGUCAAAUUCGACAAGGCCUCUGUGCAAGCCGUCAUGCAGGUCAUUGAUAAAGUAGUUACGUACCUGAAGACGGGGUUGUCCUCCAUUAAGGAAACGCUAAACACUAUCAUAUGUUUCAUGAAGAAGUACUGCUUGAGUUUCGUUGGAACUGACGGAGAUUCAUUUUUAGAAACUGCGACAAACUACGAGAAGCAAAGACGGGAUUAUUCCAAUGCAAUUCAGAUUAAUUUGGAUGACAUCACACAGAUGGCGGAACGCUUUGAUAAACAGGGUAUCCAUUUGCAGGAGUUAGGGUCUAUUCCAAGGGCCCUUGCAGAAAAAUACGAAUGCAAGCAUGUACCUUUACUCGUUAUGUUUCCAGGGGCGUGUGAAAAUAUCAGAAACGCUUGUAUCGGUGUCCGGAAAUGGAUCCAAGCCGAUCACGGCUAUCAGACAUUCCUUCUGUACGAUCUACAAGAUCUCGAAAAGAGACGCGAUGACUUCAGUAAGAUUCUCCGUGAUUUACAGCUAACGGCCUCUCAUCUUGACCACAGAGUAAAGGUUUGUAAGAGAGACAUCAAUGACAGUGAAGCAGAACUCAAACGGUUACUAUCUAAGGAAAAGAUGGUCAAGCGCCAGUCGGAAAGUCUUGGUCACGAGCUCAAAGACCUUGAGCUAGAAAUAGGGUACCGCGAAAUCCGUCGAGAACAGAUGAAAAAUAAUGAACCAACACGUGGCAACAAAGAGAAACUCGAUCAGAAUUUGACAGAACUGGAGGAUUAUAAAGCUAAGCGACUGGUAAUAGACAGGAAAUACGAGGAUAUGAAACGAAAACUCCACUUCCUUCAACUGAAACGUGAAAAAAAGAACCAGAAAGAAGACGAACUUGUGGGAUUACGAAAAGAACACAAAACCGCCAGAAAGGAACUAAGGAAGACAGAGCUCGAGAAAGAAAGACUACAAAUGAAUAUCGUGAAAAUGAGAGAAAUCAUUCGUUUUAAGACCAGUCCUGAAGUGUUGAAGAAGUUGUUUUAUAAUAUGCCUCUUACCAGUAAGAACACUGCUCUUACAAAACGGAGAAAGGGAGCUGGCAAUGUUGUGGACAAGCUAGAGAGGGCAUCUCGAGUGGUCUCCAUUCACAUCGACGGAGAAUGGCCGAAGCUGUACCGGGCACUUCCGUUCUAUCCGCCGCGCGGGGACGAGAACGUCCGAAUGGAUAUUGACGAGAUAGGGCGUGUGUUCAUGCGCGAUAUACAGGAAACGCAGGCCAAGCAGGCUCUGGCCAGGUGGCGUAGAAUGCACAACAGGGCAAGUGUAGACGAUCUUAAGGCUGCCCUCACACAAAUCAAACGGAAGGACAUUGCUGAUGAAAUAGAGACAGAACUUGCCAAACGUGCGAUUAAAGUGAAACAAGAUAAUUUACAGAAGGCGGAGUCCCCUACUAGAACUGUUCGCUUCCCCAGGGUAUUAGUACAGCCCUCUCAGACACCUCGCUCCCGGAACAGUGGCAUGCUAUUUGCACGAUAAAGUUUGUCUUGUGACUUCAGAAAAAGAACGGCAUGUUGUAUGCACGAUAGGGUUGGUCUAGCGGCUUCAUAUUCAACGCUACCUGAACAAUGGCAUGCUGUGCAUUCGCCAGGGUUAGUCCAAGACUCAGUGAUUUCGAAACAAUGGCAUGCUGUAAAGUUGCCAGGGUUAGUCUCAGAUUCAGUGAUCUCGAAACAAUGGCAUGCUGUAAAGUCACCAGGGUUAGUCUCAGACUUAGUGAUCCCAAAACAGGGGCAUGCUGUAAAGUCACCAGGGUUAGUCUCAGACUCAGUGAUCUCGAAACAAUGGCAUGCUGUAAAGUCACCAGGGUUAGUCUUAGACUUAGUGAUCCCAAAACAGGGGCAUGCUGUAAAGUCACCAGGGUUAGUCUCAGACUCAGUGAUCCCAAAACAGGGGCAUGCUGUACACAGGCAAGAGCAAUUCUAGCCCAGAGAUCUGUAAAUCAAUGAAAGAUGUAUGUUUGGACCUAUGACGAUAGUAAGAGAGUAUUUUAACACGUUCAUAACGUAACAUAUAAAUGAAAACUUAUUUAAUUUGUAAAAUUACACUAAGACGUUUAUUAACGGAAACUGAUCGUUCUGGGCGUUCAUAAGUAUCUAUAAAUAUAUAUAUCAUGCCAUGAAAGUCUAUACUACACAAACAGCAGUUCGUGUCGUUAUCGUGUGAAUGUAGGUAAUAUAGUAACUACAGAACGUCUGCGCUUAGGAAUAAAAAAUGCUGACGUAAACAGAUAAGAUUUAAUAUCUUUUGAAUUUGGUAGGUGUUUCGACCUUUAGGUACAGUAUGUACUAGAAUGUUGCAUUUCAUUCCGAAACGCCGACUUUCAUAGGUCACAUUUUGAUAUCUUGUAAAUAAAAUAAAACGCCUACAUUUACAUGGCUGGUAAAUGCCUAGUUCACAAUCUCUCCGGUCUGUUCAUAUUUGCAGAUCGUGUCAAUAAGCAACAAAAUUUACACGAAUAUUUGGUACAAAACCAACUGCCCGUGAUGAUACUAUUACUAUAAUACAUCACUGGAAACAAAAGCAUCUAGCAAUACUCAUAAACGCCCUAUCAAUAUUCUCAGAUCUCGGUUAUACAUUGUUUCUAGUAAAAAAAAGAUCAAAGAAAUUAAACGGUACUGCACGACUAAUUAAAACAAACAUUCAGUGCUUUGGGAGAUUAAGAAAGACACAUUAGAUCGCAAGGAAGAUACUAUGCACAAUUUAACACAACACAAUUGAAGAUAAAUGAUUUGAAAUUUGUUUAUUCUUCCAAUGAGAGAUUUUAAUUACGAAAUAAAACUAAUGAGUGCUCCGAACAUGUAUGCAAUGUUCUUCGUGGGACUGUUUAUGCAUUAUCUCUGUCCAUACAAUCGUUUUUGUGAUCCUGACUGAAUUCACUUGUAGGAUUGUGGUUAUUCCUAUUUAGGGUUAGGGUUAGGGAUCAGGUAAGUAAUUCAUCGUAUAAUACAUGUACCUGACCCUGCUCAUUUACCGAGCACAGGCUCUUUGAUCUUUGCAGCAGUUGUGAGUUAUUUCCCUUGGCACUCCAUAAGAGAACAUUUUGGUCUUACGUUUAGAGUUGUCUUCCAUCUGUCAUUUUAUAAUGGAUUUACCAAUAUGUUUGAUCAAAGAUAACAAAAGAAUGGAUAAAUACGAAAGGUUUUCAAACACACAAGUUUUGUUAAGAGACACAAGUUAAAGGAGAAUCAAUAUCACAAUGGAAACAAAUCAAAGGAUAUUUGAAUCAUCCCACACAACUAACUUAAAAUCGAAUAAACGACUUGUCAGAAUAAAAUGUCUGUUAAAAUAAAAUAACGUUCUGUGAGUGGUAUCAAACAUUUAAGGGGUAACAAAUACUGAAUUAUCAAGACAGAAUCGGGAUUCUAAAUCUACUUACUUUGAAACAUAAAAGAGAGUAAAUAUGAUUCAUUUACAAAAUGGUAUUGGAGGCUUAAAACACGAUAAAAAACCAAGAAGUCUCCUACUCAGAAAAAUAAUGAGUAAUUUGAACUUUUAAAAAAGACUUGUCAACCAUUUGAUUUCCUCUCCUAAUACCGAUAUCACAUCGUCGACUUCAACAACGUUGGAUGUUCGACUUGGUAAAGGGGUACCUAAACAAGAACUUAUAUGCCAAAGGUUUUACGGAGGACAUGUUAUGAAGAUACUCUGUAUGGUUUGAAAUGUCGUGGAGCAAUAUUAAUGUAAAUAACAGAAAUCAGAAAGGUGUAAAACAGACAUCCCUCUGAUACACACUAUUCUUAUACCUGGCAGUGCAUCAGAUAAACAGGUUGAAGCCAAUUAAUCAUAACACGUAAGUUAUUUAUGUAAUUAAUCAACAGAGUAUACCAAUAGUAAACAGCUUUAUUUUUGUAAUAAAUCAACAGAGUAUAGCAAUAAUAAACAGCUUUAUUUGUGUAUUAAAUCAACAGAGUAUAGUAAUAAUAAACAGCUAUAUUUGUGUAAUAAAUCAACAGAGUAUAGCAACAAUAAACAGCUUUAUUUGUGUAAUAAAUCAACAAAGUAUAUCAAUAAUAAACAGCUUUAUUUGUAUAAAAAUCAACAGAGUAUAUCAAGUAUAAACAGCUUUAUUUGUGUAAUA